CGAUACAACAACAAACAGUAAGCACUGGUAUUAUAUUAUUAAUAAAUUUAAUAAAUUAUAGGACUGUCCGGCUAUUGAUAAGCGAUCGCAUGACUUGUUUAUUAUUAUCAACUGAUUGUAUGUUUGUUUGUCAGUUUGUCUGUCAUCUGAUCCGUUAAUCCAUUGAUUAAGAAGAGAGACAGAGAGAAAAUAUAUAUAUAUAUAUACAGUAUAUUAUAGUCAGUCAUAUGACACAACACCCGUGCCAUCAAUGGGUCGCACAGUUAGAUAUUUAGUAGUAACGGGUUUAUUGGUAUCGCUAGUGAUUGCAAUGCUAACUGUCCGGUCGGUGUCCGCCGGCGGUAACGACGAUGAUCUCACGCCCCAAGUGGUUGCAGUGGUCAGUGAUGACAUCAACACCACUGCCGAAGCCAUUGAUGAAGACAACGAUGAUUUAAACGAUGAAACGGCAGACGAAUCAACAGUAGUACCGGCGAUGACGGCCACCGACGACGACACAGAUGUUUGGCCGAUCGACACAAAUGAUUCGACAACAGCGAUGGUCUCCAGUGCUCAAGACAUGACGGCCAACGAGUCGUUAACAGACGUGCAUACUGUCAACACUGCCGCAGCCGAAACAAAAGUUAACUGUACGCCCGUCAACACCAUCUUAGCCGUCGGUACCGACAAUGAGACUCAAAUAAAUCAAACUCAAGUGAUUAUAGUGAACGCUACACGACUGAGUCAAUACUUGGAAAGUAAGCCAAACAUUAGUCAAUCUACAGGUGCCGACUGUGCACUAGUUAUCUUUUAUUACAACUGGUGCCCAUUCAGUGCCCGAUAUGCGCCACAUUUGAAYGCUUUGGCCCGAAUUUUCCCGCAAUUUCAUGUACUGGCCAUCGAUGCCUAUGGACUUAACAGUGUUAAUAUGAGAUACGGUUUGGUAGGAGUUCCCACUGUAUUGUUCUUUCAUAAUGGCAAAGUUGUGGGCAAAGUGAACGACACGGAUCCAACAAUCGAAAGUUUUGCCAUUUAUAUCACACAACUGACUGGUAUAUCACCGGUACUGCCGACCAAUGUCACUGAUGAUGACCUAUUGGGUCCAUUGUCGAGUACACCUGAACCUCAUUUCGACUAUCUAUUGUUAUUCUCGUGGAUAUUUGCAUGGAUCUGCUUCUCCUAUCUGUUUGCUAAGUCCAACCUGUUUAAGACAACACUGGAAGCCGUGAGAAACAAUUGGAGAGAAGCCGAGGCACAGCACGAACACAUUGAUUAGCAUUUUUAAAAAAUAAUUAUUAUAUACCGUUCCUCAUAAUGAGUGACAAAACAAUUUGUUUUUAUAAGAAGUUGUUAAUAAUUAAUAAUGAAAUAAAAUUUAUAUUAUUAA